AUAGUUUUCAAAUUAGUUGCUGCGUGGAUUCUAGAAAAGUCGCCAAAGACAUACAAAAGAACCUCUGUGAAUCUAGUAGUAAAAACUAUCAGGAAGAUGACUACCUCAUUCUCUGGUCAAUUGGCCUGUCCUGUGGAGUUUGGACAUGCAUUUUUUGUAUGUGGUAAGUCAACUGGCACAGCCGAUCGUGUGGUUUUUAACCUGGCUACCGGCAAAAACCUUGGAGAUAUUCCUCUGCAUAUCUCUGCAAGAUUCCGAGCUAAUGUGGUUGUGAGGAAUAAUAGAGUAGGGCAAUGUUUUGGUGCAGAGGAGACAUCGCCAGGAUACAACAAUGUAAAAAAUCCUCUGGUCGCUGGACAAGAAUUUAAAAUUUAUGUAUUAGUUGGAGUGGAUCGCUUCCAUAUUUCCCUGAAUGAUGUUCCUUUCACUGAAUUCAUGUUCCGUGCACCGUACAGAAGCAUCGCUGUACUUCAAGUGCUUCAGGAUGUUGAGUACAUUCGCCAAGUGGAUCAUCGUAAGGUCUAUCCAUCACCUUAUCCUGCUGUUCAAGUUCGAUCACCGUGGUACUCCUUUUCCAAUGAUUUGCCGACUAUUUACAACUUUGGUCAUGUUGUUGUUGUAACGGGCAUAGCCCUAGGGAAUCCGAAAGGCCAUUUUGUCAUACGUUUCCUUGAAGGACAUUCUGAGAAACAGGGACUCCAUUUCAAUGUGAGAUUUUACAGUCGUGAAGUAGCCAGGAAUCAUACCGUUAAUAGCAAAAUGGAGUUUAACUACAAUGAUGAAGACAAAUAUGGAGGAUUUCCUUUUGAGCUAAAUCGUCCCUUUAAAAUUGCUUUUGGUUUUGGGGAACGUGGAUUUAGAAUUGCAGUAAAUGGAUCAUACUUCUGUGAAUACGGUUAUAGAGGGCGAUGGAAUAACUUUACGGGAAUUAAAUGUUCAGAGCACGAUGGACUAACAUUGAGUAUCACGGAGGUUGAUCAUGUGAUGAAGGACAAGACUUUGACAAAUUUUGAGCAACUAUCUCGUAUCUGAUAUCACACGCUGUAAACCAGAAAAUUAGGAAAAUUUUAAUAGAGAAUAAUAAAAACUGAAGCAUAAUUUAGAAAA